CUCGGCUACGGAGUAGAUGGAGCGUUGAACUAGAAAAUCUGAGGAAAAUGUGGAAAUACGCGAAUUUUGCGCUGUUUAUUUUCGUUCAAUUUAUCUGCACCGGUGCAACAUCCCCAAGGAGAUUGCCAGUUGGUGCAUUUUUCACGCUCGAUGAAGUCGACGAGGAAAUUGCAUUUCGGGCGAUGGUGGCCAAGAUGAACAGGGACCUACCCUACUUCGAGCUCGUGCCCAUCAUCAGAUACUACAAAUUCGACGACAGCUUUACACUCGAACAAUUGACAUGCGACAUUAUUGCGGACGGGGCGGUGGCAAUUUUUGGACCAAGUUCAAGGAAAUCGAGCGGAAUCGUCAGUUCAAUUUGCCACAGUAUCGGGAUACCCCACAUUGUCUACAACUGGCGAGAGGAAGAAUCGGAAGCUGAGAAGCAGGAGCGGACUAUGACUGUAAACCUGUUCCCGGACACAUUGGAGUUUAGCAAAGCAUAUGCUGAUAUUGUAAAGGAGCACGGAUGGAACAGCUUCGCGGUUAUAUAUGACUCAGCAGAAGGUCUUAUAAAACUCCAAGACGUCCUACAUAUAACGAACCCAAAUGGACUAGGUACACCAGUUCUACCUCUUGGUGAUGGUCCAGACUACAGACCUCUUCUUAAAAAGGUGAAACGAUUCAACGAAAAUAAUUUUAUCCUUGACUGCUCCUUGGACAAGGUUAUGGAAGUUAUCAGGCAAGCGCAUGAAAUAAAUCUUCUUGGGGAAGACCGGAGUUUGUUCCUGUCAAAUUUGAAUACCCACACUAUUGACUUCCAACAACUUCCACACACCAAAUUAAAUAUAACUUCGGUACGUCUAACUCAUCCUGAAAAUCUUAUUCGUCGAGCAAUUUAUGAUUGGACCUCAUUGGAAGCAGAACAAGGACGAUCUUAUACUGUUGAUCGAGAGAGAGUUAAGAAUUCCAUGAUCCUUAUCCAUGAUGCAGUUCGACUUUUCGCUACUGCCCUAAAAGCUAAUCUAAGUUUUAAGGACAUGGAUCUACCUAGUGGUGAUUGCAAUAUUCAUAGAAAAUGGGAACAUGGUAGACAUAUCAUCAAUACUAUGAAACUGCUAACCCGUAAUAGUUCACUAGUUAAGGAGAGUCAAGGCUUCACAACAGGACGAAUGGAUCUCGACAGAUUUGGAGACCGAUCAUACUUUCAGCUUGACGUUACCAUCCUUUUUUCUCAGUUCUUCCAUAAGCUAAUAUCGUGGAAUCCUGAAGAUGGAUUUACUGAGACUUUUGAAAAGGAACAGAUACGAGAGAAAAUCGGUGGAUCUAUACAAAAUAAAACGUUUAUUGUGUCAACAAGGUUGGGAGCACCAUUUUUAAUGGAAAGAACACCGGAAGACAAUGAAACCUUAGAAGGAAAUGCCCGCUUCGAAGGAUAUUCAAUUGACUUAAUACAGAGCCUCUCAGAAAAACUCAAAUUCAAAUACGUUAUAAAGUUGGUGCCAGACAAAAGAUAUGGACAAUACAACAAGAAGACGAAGAAAUGGGAUGGGAUCAUCAGGCAGCUCAUUGACGGAAAAGCUGACAUGGGAAUAUGCGAUUUGACUAUGACCUAUGAGAGAAGGCAAGCAGUCGAUUUCACUGUUCCAUUUAUGUCCUUGGGAAUCAGCAUCCUUUUUUCGAAACCUGUUAAACCAACUCCGAAUCUUUUUUCAUUUUUACUGCCAUAUUCUCUGGAUGUGUGGAUGUAUGUCGGGGUUAUAUGUUUGUUUACUACAGCUUUACUGUUCGCAGUUGUGAGACUUUCAGAUGAAGAAUGGGAGAGUGACCAAGUAAUUGAGACAGACACCGUGGAAAUCAAGGUUCUCCGCAACACUUGGAAUUUAGGCAACCGAUUUUGGUUAACAAUGGGAUCACUUAUGGGACAGGGAUGCGAUCUUCUUCCAAGGGGUGUUCCAAUGCGUCUUAUCACCGGAGUAUGGUGGUUCUUCGCCCUCAUGUUGUUGAAUUCAUACACAGCAAACCUCGCUGCUUUCCUAACUUCGUCACGUAUCGAGGAAGCUAUCAAUGAUGUUGAGGACUUGGCAGAACAAACAAAAAUCAAAUAUGGAGUAUUACAAGGAGGAAGUACUAUGUCAUUUUUUAAGGACUCCAACGACUCCCUCUACCGAAAAAUGUGGGCUGCAAUGGAGAACGCCCAACCAUCGGUUUUUGCUACUAGUAACGAAGAGGGCAAGGAACGGGUCCAAAAAGGACGAAGAAUGUACGCAUUUCUAAUGGAAUCCACUAGUUUAGAAUACAUCACGGAACGACAUUGCGAUUUGAUGGAAGUUGGAAGUCGAUUUGGUGACAAAUUUUAUGGUAUAGCGCUACCACUAAAUUCCCGAUACCGAACCAUCAUAAGCCAGGAACUGCUUCGAAUGAGCGAACGAGGAGAAUUAUAUGAGCUCAAAAUGAAAUGGUGGAAAAGACGUCACGGUGAUCCUUGCAUUACUGAGAUUCGAACGGACGAAAAUGAGCUCGGCAUCGAGGAAGUUGGCGGCGUGUUUAUUGUCCUGGGUGUAGGCUUAUUUGUUGCUUUUGUUAUAGGCAUUUUUGAGUUUUUAUGGCAUGUUCAUAAAGUCGCACUGAAUGAGAAGAUUCCCCUCAAGGAGGCAUUUAAGUCUCAAGCAAUGUUUGCUCUGAAAUUCUGGAUAAAAUAUAAACCCGUAAGGACCAGGAUGAAUGAAAAUGAUAUUUCAAGAAGAUCCUCAAAAGCCACCCUUAAGAAAUGGGAAAUAAAGAACGAUAAAAUUGACAAAACUGACUAGUUUGUAAGACAUGCUUGGUUCUCUCCUUUUUUUUAAUCUAUUAUAAUAAAUUAAUAAUUUUCAAUAAAAUAAAAAAAAAUUAAAUUAAAAAAAGUA